AUGGUCUUGUUCGACAAGGCCAAUUGCCUGGCAGUGAGUUUCGCCCUCAACAUCGUGGGAUGGAUCUUUGCCAUGGUUUCCAUGGGCCUGCCUAAUUGGCGCACAUGGUACAUAGAAAGCAGCCCUGCCCCUUCCUGGGGGCUGGUCAGUGUAGGGAUGUGGAAGGUCUGCUCUUACCAGCCCAGUGGCCUUCAGACCAGACCCAUAGUGUGUCACCGCUACACCUACAGUGACACCUACCUGCCUCUGCAUAUCCGCUUCCCUCAACACCUGCUGCUGGUAGCCUUCCUCCUCAGUCUCCUGGGAAAAGGGCUCAUGGUCUUGGCCCUGCGCAGAGUGUAUAUGGGACAGCUUCAGAAGGACACCCCCGGCAAUCUGUUCCUCGCUCCCAGAAUCCUGAGUAUCAUAGCUGGUGCAUUUAUCGCCAUCGCUGUGCUCUGUAACUACCAUGCUGUGCUGAAUGAAGAGGGCAUAGACUUCCCGCCCUCCUUCCACAUCCCCUACAGACCCGACCGGCAGGAGAUUGGCAGCACCGUGUAUCUGGCGAUUCUGGCUGCAUUGCUGAUGUUGUUCAGUGGGCUGUUUACCAUCUCUUUCCAGCAGCCCCCCAAUAGCCAAAUGUACCCCCAGUCUCCCAAGUGUAAAGUUCCCAGUUGCAUAUCUUUGCAAAUCCACGAUGAGCAGUUUAUGGAGGUGAAGUAA